AGGAGGUGGGGGGAGGGGCGUCGGGGGCUCUGAUGGACGUUCAUGGCCCCGAUGGGCGGCUCGGGGACGGGGGGCCUGGGACUGGCGGCGGCGCUGCUGCUGCUGCUGCUGCUGCUGAGGGGAAGCGGGGCCUCGGCUGCCGAUGCUGAAGCCCAAAGAAACGACGAGGCUUUGCCGGCUGAGGACGCCCGCAUCACCUCCAGCCCACAGCAUGAACCCGACAGAACAGACCGACAGGCUGCAGACAAGCCUGAGAUAAAAAAGCAGUUUCCAACAGCAGAAAUCGCUGAUGCUGUGCUCGGGACUGGGAUCGCUGCUUAUCAAGAAGCGUUGCUGUCUCUUAUCCAGAAUGCUAAAAAUGAACACUCAGGCGCGUUAGAAGACAAAGGUACUCCGUGUCCGGGCGGGGGUACAGAGCAGGGGAAAUGCAAUAUCCCAGUGGAGAGUUUUGCGUCCAUCAUGCAUAUUCCUGCAGAAUCUCAGGCGGGCGAGGUGCCCGCAGAGAGAGAAUCAGGUGUGCUCCUGGGGCUCAUGCCAGCUGAGAGCUCAUCAACGGAAGAGCCAAAUGGCACUGAAACAAGCAGAGCACCAAAAGUAACCUGUGAAGAAAGGAACACGACGAAAAUUGAGAACUUCGCCGUUCAAAUUCUUAAUAGCUCACAAGACCUUAUGGAAUUCUUGAACGCCAAUGGCAGUGAUUGCUCCAUAGUUCUGUUCUACACACCGUGGUGUCGUUUCUCUGCAGACCUUGGCCCGCAUUUUAAUGUGCUGCCACGCGCUUUUCCCUCCCUGCAGUUUCUGGCCCUGGAUGCAUCUCAGCAUAGCAGUCUUUCUACCAGAUUUGGUACAGUAGCCGUGCCCAACAUCCUCCUGUUCCAAGGGGUUAAACCUAUGGCCAGAUUUAACCAAACAGAGAGAACCCUUUCAACCUUGAAAGCUUUCAUUUUUAACCAAACUGGUAUAGAGGCAGACGGCACAGUUAAGAUGACUGAACAAGAUCUAAAUGGCCCACUUCCUAGCGUUGCCGUUAGAGGCAUAGACUGGCUGCUUGGGUUCUCUGUGUUGUUUGUCUUUGCGUUUCUAGUGUAUGGUACAAUACAGUCGGAGAGCAUCAAGUGGCUGAUCCCAGGGCAAGAACAUGAACAUCAGGACUGAGCAGUUCCUUUCAAGAAGAAGCGAUUGAUAACAGCUAAGGGUGUAUAAUGUUUAAUGCAAAUGGUUGCUGCGGCUAUCUACAGCAGAAGUGGAUGUUCAUAAAAUUAGACUGUGUCUUAUGAACAAAAUGCUCGUGUUUGUACAGUAUAUAAAUGUUUGAAAGCUAAAAGCUGCUCGAAUACGGAUUCGUCAGUGGGGGGAAAUAAAAUAUUUCCACAGUG